UUUCUCACACCUCUCCGCUUCUCCCCUAUCCCUCGCGUUUCAAUGCCUGCCAAAUCCGUCGGCAAAGUCCAAAUAGUGCCAAGCUGUUCCUUUAUCUCGCGAAUUCGGCAUUCGAUUCAGUUCAUAUUACUUCUUCCCCUCAUUUGACUAUAGGGUUCUUCCCAUGGCGCCUAGCCGCAGAAAGGGCCACAGUAAGGCGGCGGCGGCGGCGGCCGCUUGCCACCAGUGGAAGGUGGGCGAUCUUGUACUUGCCAAAGUCAAGGGCUACCCUGCAUGGCCUGCCACGGUCAGUGAGCCGGAGAAGUGGGGUUACUCCAUUGAUUGGAAGAAAGUGCUUGUUCACUUCUUUGGAACCCAACAAAUUGCAUUCUGCAAUCCUGCAGAUGUGGAAGCAUUUACUGAGGAGAAAAAACAGUCUCUUCUUGGAAAACGUCAUGGAAAGGGUGCUGAUUUUAGUCGUGCUGUACAGGAGAUAAUUGAAAGUUAUGAGAAAUUAAAAGAAGAGCCUCAGCUUGGUGAAAUUGGUUCUGCUGGUGAUGUUGCUAAUGCAGAUGUUUCAAAUCCUGUUAACUCAUCUGCCAAGGAUCAAGCUGUUGCUCAUGAGUUGACACAUACAUUACCAAUAGAUACAUCAAAUUCUAUCAACAAACAAGAGGUGGGUUGUGCCACUGAGGAUGAGUCAGCUGCUGUAUUUAAAGAUGAAUCUAAUAAUACGGAGGCAUUGUUGGGGGAGCCUACUGAUAAGACUGCUGCAGUAAAAUCACCUAAGCCAGUUACUUACUCUUCUCGAAAAAGAUCUGUGGGUGACUUGUGCCUGCCAGGCUGUGUAACAAAUAGUUACACCUCAGUACGGAGGUCUAGAAGUUCAUCACGUGCCCAAAACUUUGUGUUGCCUUGUAAUGACGGUGGAAAGAGUGCUGGUGACCCAUCAACUACUGCAACCCAGAGUGCACCUACAAGAAGGAAUAAACGUGUUAGGAAGUCACCUGAUCUUUCUGGCUGUAACAAUUUUGAAUCAUCCGCUUUUGUCUCCAAUGGCAGCAUGGAGGACAAGGACAAUAGUUCUGAAAUUAUCACAACUGAUUCGGAUACAUUUAGCUUGAAUGAUGGUAGUACAAUAGAUUCAAAUUUUAAACUUGAACUUGCUGAAACUAUUGAUUGUCCAGAACUUGAGUUGAAUAAAGGGCUUGAUCUCGAAAUAAUAUCUGUAGUCAAUAAGAAGAAAAGAAAACCGAAUAGAAAGAGGGCUGCUAAUGAUGCUUCUAUGCCAAUCAGUAGGCCAGAGGAGGAGACUUGUGUGCAGAAUGGCAGUCAAAGUUCACAGAAUAAUUGUGGAAAUUCAAAAGAAAGAUGCUUUGAACAAGAUGGAGAUGAGCACUUGCCCCUUGUGAAACGAGCAAGAGUCAGAAUGGGUAAAUCUUCUGUGGAAGCAGAACUUCAUAGCACUCAACAAUCCCAAGAAAAAAACUGUAAGGAAGAUACUAACUCAGUGCAUCAGAUGAUCACAUCCUCAAAUUGUGAGAAUAGUAGCCCUGUUGAUGGAGACUCAUCUGUGCUGAAUGGAGCUAUAGAUAACGUUUCUCCAAAAGUAUCAGUUCCAUGUUCCAACACUCAGAUUUGUAAUACUAGGAAAGAUAAAACCUUCAGCUCUGUGGACGGUGAAGCUGCUUUACCUCCAUCUAAACGCCUCCAUCGUGCUUUAGAAGCCAUGUCAGCUAAUGCUGCUGAAGAAGGUCAAGUUCAUAUGGAAGCAUCAUCCUCCAUAAUGACAUCAAGUGGUACGUGUUGUAUAUCUACUGUCAAUAGAUGUCCGAAUAUGCCCAUUAAUAAUGAAGAAGGUAAUGGUUUAGGGGCGCAAAAGUCUGAUACUUGCAACAUUGAUUCUUCUCAUAUCAAUGUGUUUAGCUCAACCAGUUCAAAUCCAUUGAUUUCAACAGAGAAUGAAUCAUCUAUCCAAGUGGAUAAGCAGUUGACCAAGAUACAACAACAUGAAACUGGCAAGGAUGUUCUCCCAGAUGCUACAGAUGAAGUUGGUGAAGAGCUUAGUGAUCAUUUGGCUUAUCAGACAGCUAAAGCAGAUUUAAAAAUUCAGUCACAUCGACAAAUUUCUCCUAAUCUUGAUUCAAAAUGUUGUGAUGUUGGAAGCAAUCAAGAUUUGCCAGAUCCAAUAUCACCACCAAAUGAUGAAGACAACAUUAGAACUCUGAAACAUUCAAAUGCAGCAUCUGAUGCAUUGGGAAACAACGAAAUAAGCCUUGACCCAGGAAUGGGUGUGAAUGAAAAUUACACUUUUUUACCUCAUAAUGCUGAUGUGCUUCGUAAUGGGGUUGCUGUAUGUGAGGAUACAGGGUGCUUGGAGAAGCCAGCAGUUGUUGAUAUUGGCACAGCAAAUGAUAUGAGAGAGGUUGUGAAAGAGGUAAAAUGUAAAGGACCAGAAGAGGAUAUGAAUUCUGUCUCAACAUCUGAUAACUGUUUGGAUGUAAAGGGUAUUUCAGACACUCGGUCAAGUCCAUCCUUGACAGAUGGGGAAGAUUGCAUUCCUCAAGGAUCACCUCCAACUACGUCUGUAUGCAAUGUUUCAACAUCAGACAGUAGUAAUAUCCUUCACAAUGGAAGUUGUAGCCCUGAUGUACAUUUACACCAGAAGCAAACUUUAUCUGGUCCUGUUGAUGGAAGUAAAGAAGGGUACGUGGCAACUCAACAAUCAAGAUGGAUGGGGAAGUCAACUGAAGCAGGGCGUGCAGCUUUGUUGUACUUCGAAGCGAUGCUUGGGACAUUGACAAGGACAAAGGAAAGUAUUGGUCGGGCAACACACAUAGCUAUUGACUGUGCAAAGUUUGGUAUUGCAGCUAAGGUCAUGGAAAUUCUUGCCCAUAGUCUGGAAAUGGAGUCUAGCCUGCAUCGGAGGGUGGAUUUGUUUUUUCUUGUAGACUCUAUUGCACAGUCUUCUCGUUGUUUAAAAGGUGAUGUUUGUGGUGUGUAUUCAUCUGCUAUUCAAGCAGUCCUUCCACGACUAUUAUCUGCUGCUGCUCCUCCUGGAAAUACUGCUCAAGAAAACCGUAGGCAGUGUCUCAAGGUUUUAAGGCUGUGGUUGGAGAGAAGAAUCCUACCAGAAUCCGUUAUUCGCCGUCAUAUCCGGGAACUGGAUUUGUAUAGCAGUUCAGCUUCUGCAGGUAUCCAUUUGCGGCGAUCAUUGAGAACAGAGAGGGCUUUGGAUGACCCUGUUAGAGAAAUGGAGGGUAUGCUUGUUGACGAAUAUGGAAGUAACUCCACUUUUCAGCUGCCUGGGUUCUUCAUGCCCCGAAUGCUUAAGGAUGAAGAUGAUGGGGAAGGGAGUGAUUCUGAUGGCGGGAACUUUGAGGCUGUCACGCCUGAGCAUGCUUCUGAAGUACAUGAAAUGACUUCUGCAAAACACAGGCAUAUCUUGGAAGAUGUUGAUGGUGAACUUGAAAUGGAAGAUGUGGCUCCCUCUAGUGAUGUUGAAAUAAGUUCAAUUUGUAAUGUUGAUAGAGGAAAUGCAGAGCAGUUUGAGAAGAAUCUGCCUGUGUCCGUUGCUCCUCCACUUCAGGAUGUGCAUUCAUCUUCCCCACCACCACCAUCAUUCCUUCCACCCCCNCCCCCCCCCCCCCCCCCACCUCCUCCGCCUCCCCCACCUCCUAUGCUACACCACAUGCCAUCUACUUCUGAUCCAUAUCACACCAUAGUUAAUUCAAAAGAUUAUACCGUUUCACAGACUCUGAAAGACAGCUCACUUCACCCUGUGGCUCAGCCCAUGGCUGCACCAACGCAUAGCCAACCUGUCAGCGAUGCAGUUCACCAUCAAGUCCCCGAAUAUAGAAUGCCAGAAUCUACUUGCUCUGUCAACAGUUUUCCUGUACCACCUCCAGACAAUUUUCGACAUAAUGAUGGUGUUACUAUGCAUAAUAAAGGGUACUCUAUACGGCCACCUCAACAUGUGCCAUCCAAUCAGUUUUCUUUUGUUAAUGGGGAACAUCAUGUGAAACAUCGAAGGGAUGUUGCUCCACCGCCUUCUUACUCCAGUAGACAACACUUUAUGCAGAACAUGGAGAGAGAGAACUUCUAUAAUAAUCAUGAGAGAUUAAGACCACCUCCUUAUGAUUACCAAGAGAGAUGGAAUCUUCCUGCGCCUUAUCCCGGUCCUCGGUACCAAGACAAAGGGGUGCCUGCCCCUUAUGGUUGUCAUCCAUGUGAAUCAACUAGAAUACCAGAUCAUGGGUGGAGAUUUCCUCCUCGGUCUAUGAAUCAAAGGAACUCCAUGCCCUUUAGACCACCCUUUGAAGAUGCGAUUCCAGUUUCAAAUAGAGGUCCGAGCUUUUGGCGGCCUAUGUGAUCAGAAAAUACCUAGAGACCAUGACUGGUAUAAGCCCACUUUUUGGGCUGGGCUCUGGCCUUGUUUAGGAAAAGGUGUUUAUGGUCCAUCAUUCUGUAAAUGCAAGAAUCCUUGGGAGGGGGUUUGGCGGAAUCUGCACAGGACAAUAUGAAUGAUCUGCUAGGUUUUGUACAUAUGUAUGUUAGCCUCUUCUGCAGAAUGCAGGGCAGGAAGAGUAAUUGUAAUUGUAGAGUUGUUGGAGACGGGUAACCUAUUUAGGUUGUCUUGUGUCAAAAAUUUUUUGCCCCAAAUUUUAUAAUUUAUUUCAUGGAAGCCCUUAUAGAAGCUAGAUCAAUAGAUACAUACAUACAAUUUUUCAGGGAAUGUUUCUUGAAAUUGUUCUCUUGAUAUAUGGAAAAACUUCUCUCUAGCAAUUCUUUCCUUU